UUGGUUUGGUUUUUUUUAAAGCAGAUUUGCUUUAUGGAAGGGAACAAAAAACCCUCGCAUUUCCUUCAUAACCUUAUUUAGAACAUUUGAGAGACUCUUGCCAUGGGGAAGCAAGUUAAUAAUUGACAAUGACACCUAGCAGGCCUGCAUGAAUGAUUCCACACCAUAACACUGACAGCUGGCAUAACUUACUGAGCUCCUCUCAAACAUUUCCACAAAGAGGAAUGGAAUCACUCCAAGUUCAGCAACCUAGUAAUCACAGUGACUUCAGCUGCCCCAUCUGUCUCCAAACAGUGACUCUGCCAGUAGAAACCAACUGUGGACAUCUAUUCUGCGGCUCUUGUCUAAUUACAUACUGGAAACAUAGUCCUUGGUUAGGAGCAAUAAUCUGCCCUCUCUGCAGACAGAAGGUGGUGGUUCUGGUUAACAUCUCUUGUGAAAAGCUACACGAUAAGCCAAGUAAACAGACUGUUCACGACAUCAGAGCGUACAACAAGCGUUUCUCAGGGCAACCUCGACCUUUUGCAGAUUACCUCUAUGACAUGCCGUUGUUCCUGACUCUUGCCUUGCGAGGAAUCUUCACCUGGGGUGGUCUCAUGUGCAUUUUUUUCCUAAGAGUUGUUGUUUGCUCCUUUGGAACAAUCAUAUGCUUAUCAUCACCUUUUGACACGAUGCCUGGGCCUCUCUGUAGAACACUCGGAACAGCUGAUGACAUGGUGGUUGUUUCCCUUCUUCUCAUUUGUGUGAUAAACAUUUGUCAGCAAAUUGCAACAAACGGGGUAAAUAUGGCAAGGUCUGCAGCUCAGAGGAUGCUGUCAGAAUCCUGAGGGACUCAAACUUUGAUUUCUCAGUCAAACUCAAUCAAACAGUGACAGGCUUCUCCUCCAUUUGGGGCAGCAUGUGACAGAUUUGUCAUUCUGCUGCGAAGACUGAAGCAGGGCUCAAGUGAUAUUUGGCAUGGCCAAGUGAUUCGAUGUGCAAUUGCUAAGAAGGCCGUGCCAUUGUGUAUUUACAAGACUCUGUCAUACUUCAUGUGUCUCCAACUUAUCCUCAUACGCAGUGCCUGAAUUGAAAAUGCCUAAGCCUGUCAACAGGACCUAGAAUUACAAUGCCAGUCAGCUGGCAGUUGAGAUUUUUAGAACUUUUAAGCUUUGACAUUUCAUGUCUUGGUUCAGUUUGAAUAUAAUUUAAUUUGAGAAUUUAGCAAGCUGCUGUUUGCUAGGUCUCAGGUAACAUAAGUAACGUUAGAUAAUACUUCUGCAAAAUCUUGUGUUGGUACUUUUUGCUAUCACAGCUGAUUACAUAUCCAAUGGAAUACAGAUAUUUUCAGCUCUGCUAUGGGUACAGUCCUGAUUCUAAAAUUGGACAAUAUGAACCUGAUCGUAAUACGGGCUUGGAGCAAAAAUACAACUGUAAAAUGGGAGUAUUACAAGGGGAGAAUGGCAUAUAAGGAUCAUGCAAGAAGUGUGGGCAAAUCUCUGUGUAAGCCUUUUGUCUGAACCUACACAAAGUUACAGCUUUGGUGAACUCUGUCCUCUUAAGCUUUAACAAAGUCAGUAUGAAUGGUUGUUUCCUCUGUGGACUCCAAACACUCCUUGUGUUUUCCUUGCAAGUCUUGGUACUACUUUAGGGAGAGAUAAAGGCUACAUUUCUGAUGAUAAAGAAGUUUAUGGAAAAUCUGCUGAAGUUGCUGUGUGUGUUGAGUGUGACAAGUUAAAAAUGCUGGUAGUGUGCCAGACAAGCCUAAGCAUCUGUCACUGUACAAUCUGUACAUUUGUUAUGUAUUUGGAGUCAGUGAACUUCAUUUUUACAUAUGAGUUGUAUAUUAAAAUUGAUAUGUUAAAAUAUAUGAAUAUUUAUUGUUCACAAUACACUGGUCUCCAACUGUUUUUUUUCUUUUUACACAUUUUCAAUUGACAUAUUUUAUUGUACCCUUCACUGUAUGCUAUGAUAUAGCAGUAUGUCACAGUUAUUCUCUUGCUUCUUAGACUCUUCUUGUAACGAUGGUUUUUUUCUUUCAUUUUGUUCCCAUCAACUUUCAUUGUCUUUAAUUAUGUCCCUGAACUUGUAAAGCUGUCUCUCUUAACAAUGGGUACUUUGGAAAUGGCAACAAUUGCUUUUCCAUGAAGUAUAAGGCAGGAAGUGCAUUGUUUCUUUAAAAAAAAUUCCCAGAUGUUUUUGAGUGCUGACUACAAACAUGUAAACCUCAGAAACCAGUAUUUUCCAAGUUCUAUAAGUGUAGUUUUGUUAUUGUCUAACUUCUGUUUGCACUUAACUGGGAAUAAAAGCCUAUGCCAAUAGAAAA